GGUUUUGUUACUUUUGCAGCUACCGAGCUUGACUGUUGUGUUAUCCCCGUUCGUAACAACCUCAAACUCAUUCAGACAACAGAUUUCUUCUAUGCCAACGUCGACGAUCCCUACACAAUGGGCUGGAUAACUUGUUGCAAUGUUUUGAGUGAUCUCUACGCGAUGGGUGUGGCGGACUGUGACAACCUCCUCCUCCUUCUCGGCAUUCCCACUACCAUGACCGCGGAGGAGCGCACCACCAUUACUACCCUCAUUAUGCAGGGCUUUCAGGAAUGCGCCUUGAAGGCUGGCUCAAGUGUGCGCGGAGGGCAGACAACGUAUAAUCCCUGGGUCCUCAUUGGUGGUGUUGCCACCGCCAUCGUCCCCGAUUCUGAGUUUAUCAUGCCGAAUCAGGCGGAAGAGGGCAGUAUGUUGGUACUAACCAAGCCACUGGGCACACAAUUGGCGGUGACAGCUUACAAUUGGAUGCUCGAUCGCACCGACGUUUGGACGGAGAAGUGCGCUUCGCGCAUCUCUGAGGAGGAGAUGCGUAGCCUCUAUAACGCCGCCACCCUGUCAAUGUGUCGUCUCAAUCGAAACGCGGCUCAGCUGAUGCGCAAGUACGGCGCGCAGGCCUGCACUGAUGUGACGGGUUUUGGGUUGCUUGGGCACGCGCGCAACCUGGCAGCCGUGCAGAAGGCGGCUGUGACAUUUGAGAUAAAUCGGCUGCCCUGUCUGGCGGGUGCGUACCACCUCUCCAAGGCUCUGGCCUCACGUCAUCAUCUCGAUACCGCACUAACUCCGGAAACAUCUGGUGGCUUGCUGGUUGUGAUGUCAAAGGAGAGCGUGGAGGGUUACUGUCGAGAUCUCUUCGAGGUUGACGGCACACCAUCGUGGAUAAUUGGUGAGGUUCGGGCAGCAGCCACACCAACGGAUGCUCGAACAGCGAGUCUCUCAGCCGAUGUAGAGAUCGUUGAGGUGCCACACGAAACCAUUGUUCUGAAAUGA